GUGAAGGAAGGGCGUGCCAGUGGAGCGGCGCGGUUGGUUGGAUGGAGAGCCCUCCCCGCCGCUGAACAGCUCUGCAACGCACCGCCCAGCCAUGCGUUCUUUCAUGGGACUGGCUCCUCCUCCCUCUCGGUCCCUGUCUCUGUUACCUCGCCCCAAUCAGCCCUUCACUGCUACUCCCUGGCCUGCACGUCACUGGCCAGCGUUCACCCCGCCGCGCGCCAUUGGUUAAGCUCCUAUAGCAGGACAUCCCUCUCUCACUGUGGACUCACGGAGCCCCAGCAGCAGCAGUGGCAGGAGCAGCAGAACCCCAUGAAUGACCUUAGCGGGUGCAGGGAAGGGGGUCCCUCCUCCCCCUCCCUCCCGCCUGGCGUGCCGUUACCUUCACCAACUUGCCCGCCGUCGCCAGCACCGCCCAGCCUGACAUCGACCUCGCCUGCAGCGCCCAGCCCUCUCCCUCCCUCGCCCUCACCGCCCAGCCCUCGCCUACACCGCCAUCUCCUGCACUUCAACCGCCUGGCGUUCCGCCUCCAUCCCUCACCUUCUCUUCCCAGCCUUGC